AGAAGUUGGAUUACCAUUAAGAAGAAAUUAGCAGGAUGGAAGGAUUCAGUAUAGUAUUAUUUUUAACAUUAUUGGCACCAACCGCAUUUUUAGUUCGAGCUGUAUACUUAAUUUUUCAAAUCUGCACAUGUGACUGCAAAUUACUAAGCCAAGAGUCUAAACUAAGAACUAUAUUCUGCAUUGGAUCUGGAGGCCACACUACUGAACUAUUGCGGCUUGUAAAAAACCUGAGUACUCAGAAAUACCAACCUCGUCUGUAUAUUGUUGCUGAUAAUGAUGUGAGUAGUGAAGUGAAAAUACUUAACAUUGAAAGCACUAACUUCUCUGUUAGUAGAAUACCUAGAAGUAGAAAUGUAAACCAAUCUUAUUAUUCAUCAGUUGUAAGUACAUUGUAUUCAACAUUUUUAACUGUACCUGUGGUUUAUAAUUUUAAACCAAAUGUAAUAUUUUGUAAUGGACCAGGCACUUGUGUGCCAGUUUGUGUUGUUGCUUUUUUAUUACGUUGUGUAUUCAUUUUAGAUUGUAAAAUAGUUUUUGUUGAAAGUAUAUGCAGAGUAAGAACACUGUCUCUAACUGGUAAAAUAUUACAAUAUUUUGCAGAUAUUGUUGUUGUUCAAUGGCCACAACUGAGAGAUGUUUGUUUUAGAGCCAAAUAUUUUGGUAGAUUAACAUAAAUGCAUGACAAUUUACCAAAAUAUGUUUUGAUUUGUUUGUAUUUACACUACUCUUGUUUGU